AUGUUCUCAUAUCUGCAAGGACUACUCCGGCUUCAACAAUUAUACCAAAGCUUGAAACCCGGCCGUGCUACCUUCCGUAUUUCGAAUGUAAAACGCGUCGCCAACGCCACAGAUGUGGUUGAAUUUCUUGGCGCGCUCGAGAGGCUGGACCGUUGGAGCAACAAAUACGUCGUGCUCGACUCCUCUACACGACUGGCAAAAGAUGCACUAAUUUUGCACGUACGUGACGUUCAACUUGGCCGGAGGAACUACCAUUACUUCUUAAGUGGCCUGGUCAUGGACGAUCGGUGGGAGAAAGGGAUAAGUGAAUUUGGAGCUAUUAAUAUAACGGGCUUCCGAAUGCUUGAUUUUUCGAGAAAAAUUGUUCGAGAUUUCAUCGAUAUAUGGAGGAAAGAUUCUAUUUCGGCUAAAGCUGCUCUGAUGUACGAUGCAACACAAGUUCUCAUCGACGCCAUCUUGCGUUUGGUUCGUAAAAGGCCGGAUAUUCUACGUGGACUGACACGACGUAGCACAAACUUAGGUUCGAACAAGAGCUUAGACUGCGACCCAAAGGAAAAGUAUCUCGCUUACGAAAUCGGUGACAAGAUCUCGAGGAUGAUAAAAAAGACCGAUGUAGAAGGCCUGACUGGUGUCCUUAGAUUCAAUGAGGGCGGUCAUCGACGCAAUUUUACUCUUCAACUUAUGGAAAUGACUAUAAGUGGAGAUAUGGUAAAGAUCGGAACUUGGUACGACUACAAAGGAUUAGUUCCCUUAGUAGCAAGGCCAGUAAGCAAUGUUCCAGGCCGCUAUUAUCGAAACAAGACAUUCAUCGUGUCGACCAUUGAAGAACCACCAUACGUUAUGCAUUCAGCUCCGAAUUCAAUGACGACUUACCCAUACAAAGGCUUCUGUGUCGAUCUCGCCCAAAUGCUCAUGGAAAAGAUGGAAAUCAAGUAUGAGUUACGUUUGGUUAAAGAUGGUAAAUAUGGUAGGGAGAAUCCAAAAGUUAUUGGUGGUUGGGAUGGGAUGAUCGGAGAACUUUUAAGGAAGGAAGCAGAUUUGGUGAUAGCUCCAUUGACGGUUACGGUAGAUAGGGAAUCUGUCGUUGACUUCAGUAAACCAUUUUUAUCCUUCGACGCGAAACCAGAAAAACGCAAUGUUCAGAAUUUGAACACCAUUUUCAGUUUCCUGCAUCCCCUUUCUAAGGAAAUAUGGAUAUGCAUUUUAUUCAGCAUAUUCGCAGUAGGCGUAGUACUGUUUCUGGUAUCAAGAUUCUCUCCGUAUGAGUGGCGUGUGUUAUCUGUAACUGAUAAUCAAUCAUCCGAACAGAGCGAUGUUGCUACAAUCAAGACAACUGUCGUAAAUGACUUCAGCUUUUGGAAUUCGAUUUGGUUUUCGGUGGGUUCUUUUAUGCAACAAGGCAGUGAUAUAUCUCCAAGGUCAUUUUCCGGGCGGAUAGUUGGAUCUGUAUGGUGGUUUUUCACCUUGAUCGUAAUAUGCUCGUACACGGCUAAUCUUGCUUCGUAUAUAACUUUAAGACAUAUAUCUGAGCCAACUCAAUUAUAUAGUAAAGUGACUGCAUGCCCCGAGGACACAAUAUUUGGUCAAAGCUUAAAGCCUGAAACUGAAGAACCAGAAACUGACGAACACGGUUGGUUGGGAUCUAUGUUAGAUCGCGCAGCAAUGGGCUUACAAGCAAAAGUUAUUGAGAAGCCAUGCGAGAUGGUGGUCUCCAUUACCAAGUCGGGAGUAAAAGAUUUUGCGGUGGCUUUUCCAAAGGGAUCAAAACUCAGGGAGGGAGUUAAUCUUGCUUUGCAGUCUCUAAAAGAUGAAGGUGAACUUCAAAAAAUACUUCGUAAAUGGUUUAUCAAAACUGAGUGCGAUGUAAGCGAGCAGAGUUUACAUGGCACUGAACUCACUCUAAGUCAAGUGGCAGGGUUAUUUUACGUGCUGAUGGGUGGUUUAGCUUUGGCUUUGAUUGUGGCACUCAUCGAGUUUUUCCAACACGGACGUCCUGAAGCCGCCCGCGCAAACAUUUCAUUGCGUGAUGCUUUUAAAGCCAAAUCAAGGUUGUCUGCUCAGGCUGAAGUGAGAAAUUCCACUCAGCAUGUACCGGAACGUGAUCAGGAACGGCUUGGCUGGAACAGUGGACCCUACACUGGGCACCGCGGUCAAAUCACGCCACCUCUCGGAUUGGACAGGCUCCGGGGACGUCCCGACAAUCCGCCCGACUGCGUGCCCGUCGGAAUUCCCCCGCACCACCAGUUAGCCGCGAGCCAUUACACGAGUAGCACGCGCGUGCGCAUCCUGUCGGGACGCCGUCGAGCCCUAAUUAGUUUAACG